AUGGCUCCUCUUUUCUCCAAGCGACUAAGUUGCUUCUAUUGCGGCAAGCGCUCCGCGCAGUCCGACGGAGGCCCUAUCCGCAAAUGGCGCUGCAACCACUGCGAAGCCAUCAAUUAUCUGGAUGAGAAAGGUGAAAUCACGGACCCCCCCGCCGCGGAAACAAACCCGACAGUGUACGGCCCAGGAGCAUCGAAUCAGACCCUCGAGACGACCGACUUUAAAGCAUCCGGAUUGUUUUGUGCACAAUGUAUUCGCAACCAGCACCUAUUCACGAGCGCGCUUGCUUCUUACUUUCCAUCGACCGAUGAUCCGAACUACACUGCCUACGAAAGGGAAUACCCACAGUUUCGCCGGAGUAUGGAGGAACGAUACCCCCAGGUUUGCGCGAGAUGUGAGCCGCGUGUGAGAGAUCGCAUCCGUCAGACAGGCUAUGAGGCGAAAUCGGAUCAUUUGAGGCGCAUGAUGGAUAGAAGCAAGGCCGGAAGGGUAGCAAGGCAGGCGCGUAACCGGAACUGGAGGAGUGUACUCGUUUUUGCGGGAGCCAUCGGUUACUGGAGCAGCGUUGCUGGACAACUUGGCUGGGAUAUGCUGGAGUCUUUGAAGGCUGGUGAUAAAAUGUCUCAGGAUACAGAUGAACCGUUGUCACCGUCUAUGGCGUCAUGCGUUCAGCAAACGAUACAAGACUGGCGUCUUCCAAGCCAGUGCUCAGUCGAUUUUUCACCAUAUGCCGGUCUAGCUCUUAUUGCGGGAAUCCUCUCUAUCUGGUGGAAUCCGAAAUUGCGACUGAAGAUCGAGGGAAGAGGCGGUCGGUUCGUUGGGUUAGGAGAAUACUACCAGGUCCAGCUCAUUGUCAUGGUGGCGCGAUGCGCCUUUUGGGCUGUCCUCAAGGAUCCUUCGUCCAGUGGCCUGCAGCCGACUCUGCCGCCAGCCCUGCAUUUGUUCAUGGUUUUCUUCACGGUCUUGUCUGUUGCGAUUUCUCGACGCGUCGUUCGAUAUGACACUCGUCCAUUGGUCUCAUGGAAUGAAAUUACGCCAGAUGCGACGCCUGAUCAAAGAAUAGAAACAGCCUCUGUGCAAUCGACUGGUAACAAAUCGGCAUCCAAGCUUCCCAAUACGCAACUCGGGCAGACUCCCCAACGCUUCCCGCUUGAAAAGCUAGCCAUCCCUCGUCUUUCUCCGGAGAAAGAGUCGGCCAUCCCUACUCCUCCCCCAGAGGUAGAUGAUAUGGAUUGGACCCCGUCUGGUCCAUCUGUCCAGCAUGAACUCCGACCAACAAUCAGUGUUCAUGAAAGAGAUCAAAAAUCGGUACUCGAUGGACCGUUGCCAUUCUAUGGAUCGCUACCUGCUGCCCCGAAACCUCCGGCAUGGAAUCUUCGCAGUCAACCUGCGAAGCCUAAGCCUAUUGAGCAAGUGGUUGAGCGCAACCCAUUCCACCGUACCCCAGCACAACCUCCUCGCCCGUGGGAGCGUAACCCAGGCCGUCUUGAUCCUGUUUUUGCGCCUCCGAAAUUCUUCCCAAUGAGUGACCAUUCCGCGUCAACAGGACUCGAAAGUCUUUUCGACCAAGCUUUCACCAUCAAAACACCGGAAGAUGAGGGUAAAGAAGAUUGGCAGCACCAACAGCAUCAUCGGCAGCAUCAGCAACAGCAAAGUCACCAGGCGCCACAGAACAACUCUCGACCGCCGGUCAAUGUACAGGGCUUUCUUGUUUUCCAAUAUCUUCGGUUAGGAUUGCUCUUAAUGUCUCUCCUUGCCUGGACCCUUUCACAGAAUGGUGUUCUCUCGGUGCCCGGAAACUAUGUCGAAGUCGCCUCCUUGGGAAGCGCAAGUCUCCUUGCUGGAUUUGCUUUAUUGGACGUGCUCAAGCAGCCCAUUGUGUAUUGGAAUGGCAUGGAAAUCCUUGUCUACUUCGCUGAACUGGCGGCAGCGGUUCAUCUAGGAGGAAACCUUCCACAUGUUUCGUUUGAGAGAGAAUAUUUCGAUCGAUAUGGAAGGCUCCUCUUGGUUUUCAUGGCUGCACAGGAAGCACUUGGUUUGCUAUCGCUUUAUCGCGCGAUUUUUGCGCAUGCAGCUCAUGCUCGAGAAAGACCAGCCGGCCAGCAGAUGAGUCAAUCGAACCAAGACACAUUCAAUAGCUCGUCCAUAGGAUAUGAGAGGUCGCCUGCUGGCAUCGUAUCGCAACCACAGAAUUCUCUUUCGUCCGUGCCUCCUCUUUCUUUCUCAUCAACUGCCGCCGGCUCCAGCUUCUCAACUCAAUCACCCGAACCACACUAUCAAUUACCGCCGCAAUCCACCUUUGGCCAGCAGGGGUUCUUCAACAACGACAAUAACAAUCAUAGCUUCACCCUGGGUAGCCUUAAGGACAACGAGUCCGAAGUUGAUCCGUUCGAGCACGACUCAGAUACCGAAACCACCAUGACAGCUACUACGAACGCUACGAAUGCUACCAUCCGCAACAUCCGAUAUGGAGGAAGUGCGAGUAGCAAUGACUUUUACUAUCCGAAACGUGCUGAUGUUGGCUCCGGAAUUGGUGGCCUCAGUCUUGACGAUAAGCCCAUGCGGCGGAUGACCCGGAGCCAGACGAAGCAGCGGACGGGAGGCCUCGGAGGGGAUCCUUAUUCUCGGAGAUAUUCUACGCGUCGCUAA